UAACAAAAACAAUUGUACUAAUUGAAAACUUUAAAACUAAAACACUGUUCGUAGAUGCUUAAAAAGUAGAAGGCUACGGCAUGCCUUAUUUAGCAACGUCACUCUUGAAGAAAAUGAUGAAGCAAGAGAACUCCCGUCAAGACUUUCUACCAGAAGGAAUGGCCAUUUGAUGAUUCUAUGAACUUUGACUUUAAACGUCACUUUCGGGGCUUCUUGUUUUUCGACGGAGUUCUGUUCCUACGACAGCGACGGAACCGAAGUGUGUCCGUAAAUUGGAACGGGCCGUAGUCCAUUUCUAAUUUCGCUAUCGGAGUAGUGAAGCAAUAAAUGCAGUACAGUAAUUAUUUAUAUGAAAACAACCAAAUGAAAAAGAGUAUUCAACCGAGAUUGCCAUCUUGAUGUACUCUUGCAGCAAAUUAGUAAAAAAACAAUAUCCUUGGCGGAGGUAAUUAAGCCAAAUUGGUACAAGAGCAGUCGUGAAAUUUGAGUACUUGCUUGCACCAUAUACUUAUACUGUACUUCGUCAUGCCUUUAUGACUUUGAAUUGUGAUGAAACAUCUAGCCUGUAAUACAAGAUUUCUCAGUUAUGGGGUGACAUUACCAAUUAUUACAUGAUCACUUAUGUUGAUUUUUUUUAUGUUGUUGUUGUUGUUAUUUUUCCUCAUAGGCAUGAGUUGCUUUCAUCCUAUCCCGCUGCCCUUGUUCAUCUUAUUUAGUAACAUUCCAGGCGUCACCAUGGCGCUAUCGCCCAUCUCCAAUUUGCCCUUCUCGAGUGUGUGGAACGCUCCCUCGGCCGCCUGCCUCUCCCAGUACGGCGUUGAUCUCGACCUCGGCACGUUCAGCAUCGACCAGAACCAAAACCAGACUUUCAUGGGUGACGACAUAACCAUCUUCUACACGGACAAGCUGGGUGUGUACCCGUACUAUAGUCGAGGUAAGGCCGUAAACGGCGGCGUGCCGCAGAACGCCAGCCUCGAUGAGCACCUGAGGGCAGUGAGAAAUGACAUCCACAAGUACAUCCCUGAUGGGGAUUUCCAGGGCUUGGCUGUGGUAGACUGGGAAAGCUGGAGGCCAGUGUGGGAGAGGAACUGGGACACCAAGCAGGUGUACUGGGAAGGAUCACGAGUACUGGUCCGGUCCAGGCAUCCAGACUGGAAACCUGCGCAGGUGGACGCCCUAGCCCAUGUCGAGUUUGAGGCGGCGGCCAGAAAGUUCAUGGAGGAGACGCUGAAAGUGGGUCAGAAAGAGCGGCCUGGUGGACUGUGGGGCUUCUACGGAUUCCCCAACUGCUACAACUACUACAAAAACAGCAACUACACAGGCCAGUGUCCCACAGUGGAGUCCAUGAGGAAUGACAAGCUGACGUGGCUGUGGAACGUCUCAUCUGCGCUCUAUCCCGACAUCUACCUUAGCCAGGAGCUGCGAAGCCUCGACAUGGAGGUGUCGCUCUAUGCCCGUCACCGCAUCCUGGAGGCCUUCAGAGUGGCGACGCCACCUCGGCCCAUUAUUCCCUACGCCACCAUCGUCUACACCUACUCGUUCCAGUUUCUCUCCCAGGAACAUCUGGUCUACACUGUCGGAGAGAGCGCUGCCUUGGGAUCUGCAGGGGUUGUGCUCUGGGGUGACCAUGUUUUCUCCAAAUCUAAGGCCUCUUGCGACGCUGUCAAGUGGUACAUAGAUAAGACCCUGGGUCCGUAUUUGGUCAACGUGACGUCGGCGGCCGUCCUCUGCAGUCGUGCCCGGUGCUCGUCCAGGGGCAGGUGCGCCAGGCGGGACGCUGAGUCGCAAGUCUACCUCCAUCUCCACCCCUCUCACUGGAAGUUGACUUCUGAGAGGAGGAUGCAGGGCGGGCGCCACUACACGGUCCAAGGACGGCUCAGCACGCAGGAGGAAAUAUUGAUGAUGUCCCGCUUUGAGUGCAAGUGCUACCCGGGAUGGGUGGGCGACAAAUGCGCCACGCCUCGGCAUGGAUAAACGCCUAUCCAGUAAGUGAUUAUGACAUUUAUGGAACAAGUUUGCCAGCAUUUCAGUACAUACAGUAUGUACUGUCUUACUGCACUUCUCUAAUGUUUUUUUUUCUUUUAGUGGUUUCUAUCGGAUUACAUCAUUUGUCAAUUUUUUUAGCUAUUUCGUGUCACAUUCUUAGUUUCUUUAAGUGGUGUGUAAUAGCUUACUGCAUUCUAAUGGUGAAAAUGAAAAAAAAAAUUAAAAAAAGUGGAGAUACCCUUUUCUGAAAAUGGAGGAAAGACAAUAUAAGCAUUAAACUUGUGGAAGCGGCACUUAAUGUGUAUCAUGAUACGUUACCAACACUUUUUUGUUUGUUUACUGCUGGUCAACCUUAUAGUGCAGAGAUCAUGUUCGAUCCCGGCCUUCCUGUGUGCAGUUUGCAUGUUCUCCCCGGGCCUGUGUGGGUUUUCUCUGGGUACUCCCAAUUUUCUCCCAGAUUCCAAAAACAUGCAUGGCAGGCUGAAAUUGUCUCUAGGUGUGAGUGUGAGCCCGGAUGGUUGUUCGUCUCUGUGUGCCUUUCGUGGCCCGCGACUGGCUGUCAACCUGUGAUUGGCUGGCAACCAGUUCAGGGUGUCCCCUGCCUACUACUCGAAGACAGCUGGGAUAGGCUCCAGCACCCCCCGCGACCCUUUCGAGGAUAAAGCAGAUCAGAAAAUGGAUGGAUGGUUUACUGCUGAAGACUUUGUGUAGAAUUGUUGUUGACCAGGAGGUGGUGAUGUAAUACAGCACAAGGAAAUGCAUCAAAGUCGAGGUCAGCGCAUUUUUCAGGUUUUGGUUAAGUAGGAGCCCAUGAUGUAGCACGAAGGUUUUCCCAACAUUGCUGCACCUAAAAGUGAUUUAAAGCAACUUGAAAAUUUUUAUUUAUUUUUUUAAACAUGAAAAAGUGUGAUUUUGCUACAGCUGCUGCAGACCUGUCGAAAUCAACCCCUUAGACCUUGAACAAGCUCACCUGCAAAAAAGCAUAAAUCCACCGAUAAUAUAUUCAUCCCCCGGCCCUGGCCUCUUUUAAUAGUACGUAAAUGUCACAAGAUGGAAGAAAAGCAUUUAAAACCAUGCACCACAAAGCACCAACACCAUGCUCAUAGAAGGUCCAUAAACAUGAACCCAUGUCACAUAAACAACAAAUUGAAGUAGUUCAAUUAAACCACAAACAAACCACAUUGACAUGAGAAUCGUCGAUAGUAUUAGCUGAUAUAUUGUUUUAAAUAACAUCUCAAAUUGGCAUAACAUCACACAUUGGAAAACACAUAUUGGAUGUGUACUGGCACUUCACACUUUUUGGUGUUUACACAAUGAAAAAAAAUGAGGCAGUUCAAGGCACAUUGUAAAGGCAAAGUAGAAAGCAUGGGGUAUUAGUAGCUCCAUCAGGAGAGAAGCAAAAACAUACCCUUGAGGUGCAUUCAGAACCGGCAACAAAAUAGGGUACCAGGUUAACAGGGAAAAAACAACAACAACAAAACAAGCACUACCAAUGAAUUAAAGUUCACAACAACACAAAGAUUCCACCAGAUGUCAUACAAAUUGACAAUCAA